AUGAAUGAAGACCCGAAGAUCAAUGUAAGCGGGCUGCCUCGGGAGUUUGUAGAUGCCGGUGCCUCCGGGAACAUCUCGGCGGAGGUCUCCUCCCAGGUCCCUGUCCUGCAGCCGGAGCCAGAGCUGGUGGUUAACCCCUGGGACAUUGUCUUAUGUACCUCGGGAACCCUCAUCUCCUGCGAAAAUGCCAUCGUGGUCCUUAUCAUCUUCCAUAACCCCAGCCUGCGGGCACCCAUGUUUCUGCUGAUAGGCAGCCUGGCGCUUGCAGACCUGCUGGCUGGCAUUGGACUCAUUGUCAAUUUCGUGUUUGCCUACCUGCUUCAGUCAGAGGCCACCAAGCUGGUCACCAUCGGACUCAUCGUGGCCUCCUUCUCUGCCUCCGUCUGCAGCUUGCUGGCCAUCACGGUUGACCGCUACCUCUCCCUCUAUUACGCCCUGACCUACCACUCAGAGAGGACGGUCACGUUCACCUACGUCAUGCUCUUCAUGCUCUGGGGGACUUCCAUCUGCCUGGGCCUGCUGCCGGUCCUGGGCUGGAACUGCCUGCGGGACGAGUCCACCUGCAGCGUGGUCAGGCCUCUCACCAAGAACAACGCUGCUGUCCUGUCCGUGUCCUUCCUCUUCACCUUCGCACUCAUGCUGCAGCUCUACAUCCAGAUCUGUAAGAUCGUCAUGCGGCACGCCCAUCAGAUCGCCCUGCAGCACCAUUUCCUGGCCACCUCGCACUACGUGACCACCCGGAAGGGGGUCUCCACCCUGGCCAUCAUCCUGGGGACCUUCGCUGCUUGCUGGAUGCCUUUCACCCUCUACUCCUUGAUUGCUGAUUACACCUACCCCUCCAUCUACACCUACGCCACCCUCCUGCCCGCCACCUACAACUCCAUCAUCAACCCCGUCAUAUAUGCUUUCAGAAACCAGGAGAUCCAGAAGGCCCUCUGUCUCGUGUGCUGUGGCUGCGUCCCGCCCAGCCUGUCCCAGAGAGCGCGGUCGCCCAGCGACGUGUAG